GUGAACUAGUUUUGUAUUGCGAAAUUCCCGGAAUUGUUUCGUGUUUUCGCAUCUUCUGUUGAAACGAUGGGACCCCAGCCACAGCCGAUGCGCUCUGCUGUGGCCACCGUUAGCAGCAGCAACGCUAGCACCACAGACCAGCACGACAAGAACGUGCGUACGCAGAUAUACAUGGACAUAGAACGCAAAGCCAAGUCCUGUUCGUACACACUGUACGAGUGUUCCCUACCGCGACUAGAUUCGUACGCCUUCUGUUUCCGGCACAUCCUGCAAGAACCGGAUGCGCCAUAUAAGCAGUGCGGCUACUACUACGCCAACGGAAAACGGUGCGUGGAACCGUCACCCAAGUAUGACGCCAAGAAGGAUUACGGAACCAACUACUGCUUUGAGCACAGCCGCCAAACGCAGCUAUCGAAGACGAAAUCAACGAUCGGCAAGCUGGUACCGGUCGAGACGACGGAAACGCUCCUCCACAGUUUGGCCCACCACGCGAAGGUUGACAAAAUCAAGCAGCACAGCCAAGGGAACACGCCGCUGAAAAUCACUGUCCACGAGGAUGACGAUGAUAACGACUUGGACGUUGUUACACCGUCCGUCGAUCCAUUCGUCGAUGUGGACGUCACGUCGAUCAACGAUUCCAGGCGCAUCGUUCUCGAUUACGCGUCCGACUCGAGCUCGAAUGAGGAGGAAACGUUGCAACCGACGUACGGUGGCUCCUGGAAGGGCCACGAUAUGGAUAACUCGGACAAUGAAAGUGUCGACUCGCAGGGAGACGAUCCGCUGAAGCACGCCGGCAUCUAUACGGCCGAAGAGGUGACCCGGAUCACGAAGGAGAAACUGACACGUCUGCAGAGCCUGUACGUCGAGCAGCUGCACCGGUUACAGCACGUUCUUUGCGACAAGCGACGGACCUAUUUGCAAGAUCUGCGCAAAGAGCGCGAAACGCGCUGCAGCAUCUACGACCAGAUCCAAGAAACGCCCCGCGAGCGACAGCGGUACGCGAAGCUGAAGGGGCUCAAUCGCUAUCAUCGUAAGUACGGCGUGGAAUCGAUCUUGCAGCGCAAGUACCUUGAGAAGCGUGCCAAAGCGACCGAGGGGUUGCAGCAGAAACCGCCGUCCCUGCCGAAGUGUGCCUUCACCGAGGGUGGCGUAAAGUGUGGCGACCGGACGCUACCGUGCUGCAAGUUCUGUCGCAAGCACAUCUUGGAGGACAAAAAGCAGGUACUGUUCCGCGUAUGUGGCAUUGAGAGGGGUGGCGUUAUCUGCCAGGAACCGUUGGCGACAUUGUUCGAGAAUGCGACCUGCCCGUUACACGUCGACCUGCCGGCACAGCGCACGUUCAACAAGCGAAAGUAUGAAUCGGAAUCGGAGGGUGAAGUUGAACUCAGCGUUGUUGCAGUGGAUGAAAAGAUCUCUAUCGGAACAGCGGGAGCUUCAACGGAUAAACCUAACGGUGCUGAUGAACAGGGUCAGAAUAACGUUGCUGAGAGCUCAGAGCAGACCACCGUAAAAUUGGUUGAACCGAAAACGGAAGGCAUCCGAAAGAGCAUCAAACAGGAAACUGCUGUCGUAGCGUCAUCGCCGCGUACUCGUAACACACGCGCUGCCCGUGCCGCUCUCGAGCGACAGCAAAAGGAGGUAGAAGAUCAGAUAUCGGCAAUCGUUAAGCAGGAGCAGCAAGACCGAGAGGCGGAACUGACCAAACCAUUGGUAGAGCACAAUGUCACGAUAGCGCACGAUGUAGCGCACGAUUCGUUACCAACCUUGGAUACUCCGAAAGAUUCAACAAAGUCCUCGGAAAUGGCGUUCGCCAUCGCAAAAUUGUGGCAGGAUGUAGAAGACAAGCUACCGGUCAGUGUUAUCGGGGCGAAAUCACCGAAACACGAAGCAGCGGAAGAGGAACAAAUCGGUUCCGAAACUAACCUCGAAAUGAAGCCAAAUGUAGAAAACCAGCAACUAAUGAGUGCCGCAACGUAUGGUAGUGGCCAGAACCGGGCGACACAAGAUGUGAAAAGCGAACCAGUGGAGGAGUGCCCCAUAGCCACUAAACGGCGCCGCGUUAUGGAUGCUAAAGAACCGAACCAAAAGGUUGGUGAUUCGAAAUCUGACAAAGAGGAACUGAACAAGACCGAGUUGUCUUCCGCAAGUGCACCGGACACGGUGGAAGAUCACAAAAACGAGAAACAACCAACAGCGGAGAUCGAAGUGACGACGACGACGACGAAGAGCGGUGAAAAAUCACGCCGUCAGCAGAAGUAAGAAUCAUCUCAGGAUUUAGUGGCGUAGCUUGGUUAAUUGUUACUGCUUUCAAAAGUGUGCAUCUUACCACAAUCGAUCAUUCCAUAAACUUACGUAUGGUCUACCAUAAACGUGUUCCCUUCUGUCCUCUUUCGACAAACGCCCCUACAAACGCACAUUUUCCUUGCGGCUUUUCUUUAUUCAUACUUCUUUCGGUUUUGAAAUACUUUUUCAGUUUUUUUGUAUUUUUCCUCGCAAUACGCAAAAAAACCUACACGCGAAACAACAGUUUCGCUUCCGAAGGAACAGAACUACAGAGUGUGACACAGUCGUCGUGUAGUAUUUGCUUGUUUUGUUUAAUGUGAGAUACAAUAUGUGUAUGUAGAGUGUUAUAGUUGGAUAAAUUUCGAAACGAUUUAAUACAAAAAAUAAUAAAUCGCAAACAGCCUGAAAAAAUACUUUGCACGCCUCGUCUGUUUGCCUCCUGUUUGAGCCUUUCUCUGUCUUUCUGUCCAUGAUUUUAACGGUGCCUUAUGUCCGUAGCAAGAUCAAAACCAAAAUUACAAUGCCCUUUCUUCGUUACAUCAACCCCGGUUUGGUUUCGUUUUGCCUAUGUGUCGCGGCAAAGUCCAUCAAUACAUGCCGCCUCAAAUAGUUCUUUUGACCAUUUUAUCCUUUCUUUGUGCUUUUGGUUAUAUGCUAGAACUUUUCACGUGGCUUCACUCUCCGAGCUCGUCUUCACAUCACAAUCCGAGCGUAUUGCAAUAAACAAUAUAUGACUAUAUUUCCGAUUCCGUGUUUC